CACAUGGUUAGAAUAGGCACAUCUGCAAUGACGUAAACUGAACCGCCCAGCCUGAAAUAGCUGCCAAUUUGAAGCAGCUCGGAACUUGGCUAUGGUUCCAGACCGGGUAUACUGUAUUAAAGGGAGCUAUACUUCAUCUCAAUUUAGCUGUGUUGCAUGCACUGUCCUAGACCUAGACUAUUUGCUAUUAUUAAGCAGAGUACUACCUGCGUUAUCCAAAAGUAACAACUCAGCAAACACACCAAGUCUAUUUAAAAAGGACAGUUGGGCUAUAAAUUAGGUAUGCUUAUUCUUGGGAAUAGACUAUUUUCUGCAAAGUGAGUUGUAUCUUAGCCUGUGCUCCUCUGUUUUCUCAAGGGGAGCGAGCCACUGCAGUAUCGGUAUGAGAGUCCAAGAAAAAGAGAAUGGCAUAAACCGAGAAGAGAUGCACAGAGGAGAGAAGUGAUCUGGCUACCACGGAACUCAGUGCAGACGAAGUCUAUUGUCUGCAAUCUGUACUCUACUCUCCACAGUUGGGUUUUGCCGCUGCCAAUGAAAAUGAAGACGGUAUGCAAAUGGAUUGGUCAAGACAAGCUUCCAAUAUAGAUCAAGAUCUAUAGAUCUGCUGCAUGGGAUGUGUUUGAAGAGACUGACUGAUCUACUGCUGGAUUCUAGCAUCACCACCGCCCAUGAUGAGUGGCUGACAUGAGCUCAGAGGGAAACGCCAGUGAGGUCUGGAAGUGUGAGUUGCCCUCAGGAGGAAGCUGAGUGUCUCUGAGACAUUCUUUGUGUGAGACCUGGAUGAGACGAGAAGAGAAGGAGAAGUAGUGAUAACAUUUCCCACACAGAGGACCUAAAACCAUGGGCUUGAUAUGGUGCCAGGCACGCCGGACUGAACGUGUGUUCCUAGCCCGUCAGUAGCACAACCACCCCCCUCAACCCUCCUCCCCCCAACCCCAUGUCAGACCUUUCUCUAAAUGAUGGAAAUUUUGUGGAAGACGCUGACUUGGAUAUUGAUAUUGAGCAUGGUGGUGGUCAUGGCUUCCUCUGAAUUUCAAAGACUUUCGCACAACUCACAAGACGAGUACCUGUCCUACUUGCAGCACUACCAGCUGACUGUGCCAGUGCGAGUGGACGAGAACGGGGACUUCCUCAGCUACACUGUGAAACAUCACAAGCCCGGUCGCAGGAGACGAACCGCUGAAGCCACCAACACCACCAUUGGCCCAGAGCCAACCGACCACGCCGAACAGGGCCCGGCCCAGACCCGAGUCUUCUACAGACUGUCGGCUUACGGAAAGCACUUUCACUUAAACCUGACCCUCAACCCCCACCUGGUGUCCAAACAUUUCACGGUGGAGUACUGGGGGAGAGAGGGCCUGGAGUGGAGACAUGACAUGGUGGAGAACUGCCACUAUGUAGGAUACCUGCAGGAUCAGUACAGCUCCACCAGAGUAGCACUCAGUAACUGUAAGGGCUUGCACGGUGUUAUUACCACAGAAGAAGAGCAGUAUUUAAUAGAGCCAUUCAAGAAUAUAUCCUCCACAACUUCCAGCCAAUGGGACCAGGGAGAAGGACAGCAGCAUGUUAUAUAUAAAAAGUCUUCCAUUCCCUCGCCGCAGCAGCAACCCAGCCAACACGAGUUCAGCUGUGGCAUCUCAGACCUCACAAAAAGCGGGAGCCCCUGCCAAUAUAGCACUCCUUCCCCAACCUCUCCAACCUCCUCCUCUCACUCCUUCUCUCCCACCUCAGCCUCUGGGUCCAACAGUUCCCUUCCCGGCGGGGGCUACAGACAGAGGCGGUCGGUCAGCAUGGAGCGCUUCGUAGAGACCCUGGUGGUAGCUGAUAAGAUGAUGGUUGGUUACCAUGGACGCAAAGACAUCGAGCACUAUAUCCUGUCUGUGAUGAAUAUUGUUGCCAAACUUUACCGUGAUGCCAGCCUAGGAAACGUUGUGAACAUUAUAGUAACCCGCCUGAUCGUACUGACUGAGGACCAGCCCAAUCUGGAGAUCAACCACCAUGCAGACAAGUCUCUAGACAGCUUCUGUAAGUGGCAGAAGUCUAUCCUCAGUCACCAAGGAGAUGGGAACAGCAUCCCGGAAAACGGCAUGGCUCACCAUGACAACGCUGUCCUCAUCACAAGGUAUGACAUCUGCACUUACAAGAACAAACCCUGUGGGACUCUAGGCUUGGCGUCGGUAGCUGGGAUGUGUGAGCCGGAGAGGAGUUGCAGCAUCAAUGAAGACAUUGGCUUAGGUUCUGCUUUCACCAUCGCUCACGAGAUUGGCCACAAUUUCGGGAUGAACCAUGAUGGAAUAGGAAACUCAUGUGGGACUAAAGGCCAUGAGGCAGCCAAGCUGAUGGCGGCCCACAUCACAGCUAACACCAACCCCUUCUCCUGGUCGGCCUGCAGUAAGAGCUACAUCACCAGUUUCCUCGACUCAGGUCGGGGGACGUGUCUGGACAAUGAACCUCUGAAACGAGACUUCCUGUACCCAACAGUGGCCCCGGGGCAGGUGUACGACGCAGACGAGCAGUGUCGCUUCCAGUACGGAGCCUCUUCACGACAGUGCAAAUAUGGGGAAGUGUGUAGAGAGCUCUGGUGCCUUAGCAAAAGCAACCGCUGUGUCACCAACAGUAUCCCUGCUGCUGAGGGGACCCUGUGUCAAACGGGAAGCAUUGAGAAAGGGUGGUGCUACCAGGGGGAGUGUGUGAUAUUCGGGACGUGGCCCCAGAGUGUGGACGGAGGCUGGGGUCCCUGGUCAUCGUGGGGGGAGUGCAGCAGGACCUGCGGAGGGGGAGUCUCAUCCUCUAUGAGACACUGUGACAGCCCAGCGCCUUCUGGAGGAGGGAAGUACUGUCUCGGAGAGAGGAAGCGCUACAGAUCGUGUAACACACAUGCGUGUCCAUCGGGAUCCCGGGAUUUCCGUGAGAAGCAGUGUGCCGACUUCGACAGUUUGCCGUUCCGUGGGAAAUACUACAACUGGAAGCCCUACACCGGAGGUGGUGUGAAGCCGUGUGCUCUGAACUGUCUGGCGGAGGGAUAUAACUUCUACACUGAGCGCUCCCCGGCUGUCAUCGAUGGAACACGCUGCCAGGCCGACUCACUGGACAUCUGCAUCAAUGGAGAGUGCAAGCACGUAGGCUGUGACAACAUCCUGAGCUCAGACGCCAAGGAGGACCGCUGUCGGGUGUGUGGAGGGGACGGCAGCACCUGUGAGGCCACAGAGGGACUGUUCAAUGACUCUCUGCCCAGAGGAGGCUACAUGGAGGCUGUUCAGAUACCAAGGGGGUCAGUCCACAUAGAAAUCAAAGAAAUUGCCAUGUCCAAAAACUACAUCGCGCUGAAGUCGGAGGGAGACGACUACUACAUCAAUGGAGCGUGGACCAUCGACUGGCCCAGAAAGUUUGAUAUCGCAGGGACGGCGUUUCACUACAAGAGACCCCUUGACGAACCCGAGUCAAUAGAGGCCCUGGGAGCCACCACGGAAAACCUAGUCGUCAUGGUUCUUCUCCAGGAACAGAACACCGGGAUCCGUUAUAAGUUCAACGUUCCCAUCCAGAGGACAGGAAGUGGAGACAAUGAGGUGGGCUUCUCCUGGAACCACCUGGCCUGGUCCGACUGUUCCGCCACCUGCGCUGGAGGUUCCCAGAAGCAGGGAGUGGUGUGUAAGCGUCUGGAUGAUAACUCUGUGGUGCAAAACAGCUACUGUGAAGCAGAAAGCAAACCUCCAGGGAACCAGAGGUCCUGCAACACUGAACUCUGCCCCCCAGAGUGGUUUAUUGGGGACUGGUUGGACUGUGGGAAGACGUGUGAUGGUGGGAUACGGACGCGGACGGUUCUCUGUAUCAGGAAAAUUGGGCCUGCCGAGGAGGAGACCCUGGAGGACAGCCACUGUCUGACGCACCGACCAAUAGAACGAGAAGCCUGCAACAACCAGUCCUGCCCCCCUCAGUGGGUCACUCUGGAUUGGUCAGAGUGUACACCCAAAUGUGGCCCUGGGUUCAAGCACCGCAUCGUGCUGUGUAAGAGCAGCAACCUGACCAAGACCUUCCCCCCUGCCCACUGUCCCGCCCACAACAAGCCCCCCAUCAGGACCCGCUGCAGUCUGGGACGCUGUCCACCACCUAGAUGGAUCCUAGGGGAAUGGGGACAGUGUUCAGCGCAGUGUGGGCUGGGCCAGCAGAUGCGGACAGUGCAGUGUCUCUCCUACACAGGCCAGCCCUCCAGUGACUGUCCCGACGCCCUCAGACCCCCCAACAUGCAGCAGUGUGAGAGCAAGUGUGGCGCCACGCCCAUCGCUAACGGAGACGAAUGCAAAGACGUAAACAAAGUGGCAUAUUGCCCACUGGUGCUGAAGUUCAAGUUCUGUGGCCGUGCGUACUUCAGACAGAUGUGCUGCAAGACGUGCCAAGAACGCUGACCCACACAGAGAGAGAACGAGAGAAAUAACGAGGGGAACAGAGGGAGCUGGAAGAGAAAGAGACACACAGGCAACGGGCAGAGUGAAAACAACUCAAGACCAGUGGAAGAGAAGGAGGAGAGAGACAAGAGAAGAAAAUAAAAGAGGGAUUCACCCAUUCAUCACACCUCCUCCCCCGCCCCAUCACCGUGGAAACCUAACCACUGCUCAGCAGACACGCUGACACAGACCUUUAUUACUGUCACUUCUGUGAAGUGGAAACCUUAGAGGAUUGUUGUUACUGAUCUUAUUUUUAUUAUAAUAAUAAUAUUCAUAUUAUUUGUAUUAUUUUAUUGUCAUCUGUUUGUUGUUUUUGAAUCCAAAGUGCUGGACACAUCACACAUAGAGCAGAAGCACCGCAGGGAAGGAGGGAUGGAAGGAGUAGCCACUGGAGGGGAGGAGAGUGGGAGAGGAGGAGGGAGUGUAGCUGAAGAGUGGAUGGGAGCGUGUAAUGGUACUAUGGACAGACAGACAGACAGACAGACAGACAGACAGACAGACAGACAGACAGACAGACAGACAGACAGACAGACAGACAGACAGACAGACAGACAGACAGACAGACAGACAGACAGACAGACAGACAGACAGACAGACAGACAGACAGACAGACAGACAGACAGUGUGAAUAUUCCAUAAAUUACACAUCACAAAACACACCAGUACUGGACUGAACUGUUCAAGAUGUCAUCGCCCGUAGUGUCAUUCAAGCAAUUGUAUUAAAUCUGUCUUUGGUUAUGUCACAUAUUGUCAGUGGAGGCCUGGAGGCCAGUGGGAUGGCAUGUUUCUAGAAUGUUCUGUACUGGAACUGGAAUAAAGGUGCUACAUUAGGGGUUAUUUCUACUUCAUGUUAUCAGAGGAGGUCAGGUACGGUCAACUCGUUCUUCUGUUCUGUUUAUUGUCCUUUCUCUUUUCCCCUUUCUUUUUUCUAAAGGAGGGGUGCCUUCAUUUUGAACAACACUCACUUUGUGCCAGAACCUUUAAAAAGGAGACCCACGGUUGAUGCAAAUUGUGGAUUUGUGAAUAAUCACAAAUAUUGCAAACUGCACAGUUUGGCAUUGAAGUACUGUAUUGACUUUGAAGGUCCUUAGUUUAUUAUUGUUGUUGUUAUUAUCAUGUAGUUUGGAUACUCCACCUCUUGUGAACAUUGGAGAUAGUAACCAUUAGUGAACUAUAAUGUUAUCAAACACACAGGAUCUCUGUAUCAGCCCUUUCACAGUAUAUUGUGUAGUGUUGAGAAUUCAUCAGUAUGGGAAGAACUCACAGCCUCUCCAGCACUAUGACUGAAGUUAAGUGAAGGGACAGUACUGACCACACACACACACACACACACACACACACACACACACACACACACACACACACACACACACACACACACACACACACACACACACACACACACACACACACACACACACACACACACACACACACACACACACACACUCCCAGCAGUCCCUCCCAGCAGACCAUGGUGUGUUGCCAGACCACACAGAUCCAAUCUGCCACAGACAGACUACCUCCAGACAGUGUCACCCUUCUCCUCGUCCUUCCUUCCUCCUUCCCUCCCUCUCCUCUCCGCUCCCCUCUUCCACUCUACUCUCCAAAGAGAACAAACAGUAAAAAACGUAAUAUUAUGCAACUCAAUGGUGCUUAAAAAAAUACUAAUAUACAGGUGGAGUGCUGUUUGUUUCCGUUGUUUCCUUCUUGUUUCCUCUUCAAGUGGGAGGCCUUUCCUGACACUUCUCCAUGGCUCUUCUCCAUGGCUCUUCUCCCUGGCUCUUCUCCCCAGCUAUUCACCCUGGCUCUUCUCCCUGGCUCUUCUCCCCAGCUAUUCACCCUGGCUCUUCUCCCUGGCUCUUCUCCCCAGCUAUUCACCCUGGCUCUUCUCCCUGGCUCUUCUCCCCAGCUAUUCACCCUGGCUCUUCUCCCUGGCUCUUCUCCCCAGCUAUUCACCCUGGCUCUUCUCCCUGGCUCUUCUCCCCAGCUAUUCACCCUGGCUCUUCUCCAUGGCUCUUCUUCCUGGCUCUUCUCCCUGGCUCUUCUCCCCAGCUAUUCACCCUGGCUCUUCUCCAUGGCUCUUCUUCCUGGCUCUUCUCCCCAGCUAUUCACCCUGGCUCUUCUCCUAGGCUCUUCUCCCUGGCUCUUCUCCCUGACUCUUCUCCCUGGCUAUUCACCCUUGCUCUUCUCCUAGGCUCUUCUCCCUGGCUCUUCUCCUUGACUCUUCUCCCUGGCUAUUCAUCCUGGCUCUUCUCCCUGGCUCUUCUCCCUGGCCCAUGGUGCUAUAGAAUUGGUGCUUUCACUCCCACUACUAUACAGUGGCUAUAGGCUGGAUCUGAUCUGAACAAUAUGAACACUAAGACAUUCAUAUCUAUAUGUUGGUUAAUGCUAGAAACGUUGUUGUUUGUUUAAAAUGAUAUCUUCUUACCUCACACUGGGAAUGUUCAUUGAUGGUGUAGUACCAACACACCACCCUUCACCCCUCACCUCUCACCCCUUCACAUGGACUUCCCCAGUUGUGUCCUGUAUUAUUCCUAGUGGUGUCAAACAUUCUUCUAAUAUAAACCCUCCCCAAGUGACAUUGCUUCUGGCGUUGGUUGGGGUUGUGAAAAGGGACCGCCACCCGUGUGGUACUGACCCAGCGGACCAGACAGACCAGGCCCAGAUGGAGCCAUGCUGUGGAGGAUAAACCAGUAGGACUUGAUGGAACCCCCAGACCAAUCGGAAAGACAAUUAAGGAGUCAGGAAACACAUGGGAACUGUUAAAAUCAUAGGACUAUGCUACUUUUUGGUAGCCACCUCCAGUUUAACUAAGGACGUUAGACCCGUGAUCUAAUCUUUGGUGAUGAAACGUUGAACCAGGACAUUUGGACAUUAGUGGAUGAUGAAAACUAAAGCAUUUGAACUGCAUUGAACUCAACAUGCUGGUACUUCUUCCAGAGCUGUUUCUAUGUUCCUUUCCUUCCUUUCCUUUCCCUUCCUUAAAUCCUGAGGCUUGAAGUAACCGUCAACUGGCAUUGGGACACGGGGCCUACAGACAAUGAGACAGAUGGACUGAUAGAGACACUCUAGAAGACACUCAAUCAAACUGGUACUCAUAGCUGUGGACUUAUCAAUGUUAUCAAUGUCACUGCUUUACCCUGUACCUUCAAGUGCAAGAGAGAAUGAAAAACAAAAAGCAUUAUUUGAUUAGUUAUGUUUAUUUCAUAUUCAGUAUUAAUGUUGGUACACUGUUACAAUUUUUUUUGUAAAUGAUAUGCUAAUUUAUUGCCAUGUGUCACUUGUUUUAGAUUUUUGUUCACUGCAUGCAAACAACGUUAGUCUAGUGACAAAGAAAUACAGUGAAAUAGGCCCCUUCAACCAAACUGUUUUAAUGUAGAUACAUCAGGUCAAUAAAAACAGCAGCUUCUGAAGAGA